AUGAAAUCAAUACUCGCUUUUUUAUGCAUUUGCAUUUUCUGUUACUCGUUAAAAAUAACCACAACAACAGCCAUACCUAAAGACGACACUAAUCCAUCCGAACACUAUUCGUUGUACAAUUCGGAUGCAGAUUACGGAAUACGAAACUUCACGGUGACUGGCGCGAAUAAUGUUUCAAUCUUUGUUGAAGAAAUCGGUGAUACCAAAAAUCCAACCGUGGUUUUUAUCCAUGGUUUCCUAGCUUUCAGACUAAUUUUUAAUCCGGUAUUCAAGAACGAAUUCCUCUAUAAAGAUCUCCAUCUCGUUCGGUACGAUAGUCGUGGUACACUUGAUAGUGGCAAACCUACAGAUCCUAAUCAAUACGUUAUGGACUAUAACGCGCAAGAUCUAAAGGCUAUCGUUGAUGCGGUUGUUAAUAAAAGUCCCGGGAAACAAAUAACUUUGGUCGGCUGGUCAAUGGGAACUGCUAUUGCAACAUUGUACCUAGGAAAUUUUGGACAAGAUAAAGUUAAUGGGCUUGUGACUUUGUGUGGUAAUGUAGAAAGACAAACAAUUGCCCCUGUUGGAGUUGCACUUCUCGACCCAAUAGCGAGUAAAGAUUAUCAAGAAUCGAUAGAGGCAAGAUAUGCUCUUCCAAAGGGACUGGUAGGAAAGAAUAGACCACCGAUCAGUGAAGAAACGGCACUAUUCCUCCUUGGCGGAAUAGCUCUUAUUCCGACUGCCUACGUAAAUGCAACUUGGACGAGCUGUAAUUGA